AUGGAGCAGCCCUUCGAGCAGAAGACGGUGGACGAUCCGUUCGACGACCCCGUCCCCGGCAGGAAGACGCGUGUGGCGGCUGCAUGCAGUUGUAUCCUGGGCAAUGAGAUCUGCGAGCGCCUGGCCUAUUAUGGGCUGCAGACCAACAUGGGGCUGUACCUGAAGCAGUACAUGGGCUACCCCGCCGACCAGGCCAGCCAGCUGCUGCAGGCCUGGAAGGGCACUGUGUACCUGACCCCCCUCCUCGGCGCCUUCCUGGCGGAUUCAUACCUGGGCAGGCGCGUAGCAGGCGUUGGAGGGGUGUUUUGGGUCAUCCUGAUCUUCUCCAUUGUCUACCUGAUCGGCAUGGGCGGUGUCACGGCCGUCAACCUCAUCCCCAGCAUGAGGCCAAACUACCAGGCGGCCCCGGCCAGCGGCGACUUUGGCCCCACGCGCGGCAUGUUCUGGGCAUUCCUGUACCUGGUGGCGCUGGGGUCUGGCGGCAUCAAGCCCUGCGUCAGCAGCUUCGGGGGGGACCAGUUCCGCGAGAACAGCAAGCGGGAGCGGGGCUGGAGGAGCUCAUUCUUCAACUGGUUCUACUUCGCCAUCAACAUUGGGUCGCUGGUGGCUACCCUGGUGGUGGUGCCCGUACAGGAGAACAAAGGCUACACCCUUGUGCCGCCGGAGGGUUCCCCCUUCUUCCGCAUCUGGAUGGUUCUGAGGGGCGCCUGGGUCAACCGCAAGCUGACAGCGCCCGCUGAUGUGGCGGAGCUCUACGAGCCUUUGCCCGGCGAGAACUCCAAUGUGAAGUUCAGGAUGGCCCACACCAAGCGCAUGGCCGCCCUGGACAAGGCCGCCAUACGCAGCCCCGCUACUGCGGCCGCUGCCGCUGGCGGGCGCCGGGGCUACCAGGUCAGCCUGACGGAGGUGGAGGAGACCAAGUCCUUCAUGAGCCUCAUGCCCGUGUUCCUGACAGUCAUCAUCUGGCAGAUGGCGUACGACCCCAUAUUCAGCCUGCUGCCCUACCCCGGUGACGUCAUGGACCGCCGCCUGGGCAACUCCAACUUCAAGAUACCCGCCUCCUCCAUUUCCUUCGCCAACACCUUUGGCGUGUUGCUCACCAUCCCGCU